CAAUAAACCCAGUUGAGAUCACCCAGGCCGUCGCUCCCACGGAUGAGCAAACAAAUCUCCCAAUUCUUUCCGGCCUAUUGCUUUCUUGCGGAAGGUUUCUCGUCGACUCCCUUUCUUAUAUAAAACAUAACUCGCCCUCUCGGCCUCGCCCGUAGUUCUUUCUCGUCGACCACUCCAAUCGUAGAGUCGACAUGGGAGACGGCCAAUAUUCCUUCUCGUUAACCACCUUCAGCCCUUCGGGGAAGCUGGUCCAGAUCGAGCACGCCCUGAUGGCCGUCGGAUCCGGCCAAACGUCUCUUGGAAUCAAAGCUGCUAAUGGUGUUGUUAUUGCAACCGAGAAGAAAUUGCCUUCCAUCUUAGUGGAUGAGACAUCAGUGCAAAAGAUUCAGCUAAUGACAACAAACAUUGGAGUUGUUUCCAGUGGAAUGGGCUCAGAUUUCCGUGUUCUGGUGAAAAAAGGCAGACAACAAGCACAACAAUAUUACCGACUAUAUAAGUUUCAGGCAGGCGUGAUAGUCUUACACUCCAACUUUAGUGGUGUAAGGCCAUUUGGAGUUUCUUUGCUGGUUGCUGGAUAUGACGACAAUGGUCCACAGCUAUAUCGGGCUGAUCCAUCAGGUUCAUACUUCUCUUGGAAAGCAUCUGCAAUGGGGAAAAAUGUUUCCAAUGCAAAGACAUUUCUUGAGAAGAGGUAUACUGAUGAUAUGGAGCUUGAUGAUGCUGUGCAUACUGCCAUUUUGACUCUUAAAGAAGGGUUUGAAGGUCAAAUUUCUGGCACGAACAUUGAAAUUGGAAUUAUUGGUGCUGACCGUAAGUUCAGGAUACUUACUCCAGCUGAGAUCGAUGAUUACCUGGCUGAAGUGGAGUAAUAUUGUCAAAUUCCGCUUCUAACAAGGGAUAUUGAAUUAUUUUAAAUGUACACCAAUUUUUAUGUUAAAAUUUGUGACUCUCAAUUUCAGCUCUUUUGCUCCAAAUUUCUCCGAGUUGUAAUGUCUUCUUUACUUGACACUCACUAAUUGAAGUUAUAACCUGCAGCAUGACUUGUCUGGAAUA